CAGGCUCUUGUUUACAGCAUUAACGUCACACAGAGGCAGAGAGAGGGAUCACACAAUGCGAGCGCCGCAGCCGGACACCCGCAGCACCCCGAGCCCGCUCGCUGACUGACCGUCCCGCUCACCGCCUAGCUCGUCUACUGUGACCUUCAUCGGCCCGGGAGUAGGGGGCCGGCGGCGGGGGGCAAGACUUCCAUUCAUUGGUCCCGCAGCGGCCUCCUGCGGGCUUAGCUCCCGGAGUGAGGCGGGUGACAUGGAGGCUGAGGACUCGGAGCUGCUGCUGCUGCCGCCGUACAUUGCGGGUGUCUGCUGCCUGUCCCUGACGUCUGAGCGGCGGCGGUGCUGCUGACCCGGAGCCCUCGCGUUUAAUCUACACUACGACAGGCGAUUACUAUUAUUACUACUACUACUACACCCGCGGGCGUCUGCGUCACGUGACUGCGCCCCUUCUAUCACAGGGGAGGUAUCUGGGGUCACAACCUCCUCCCUCAUCUCGGGUCACGCUGCUCUGUGUCAUCCCGGGGCUGAACCAAAGAACAACCCCCCCACAUUCUCCCGGGGGGACCGGGCAAGGUCACGGUGCGCGAACUGUACACCCGUUAGCCGCCUGUCGGGUCAGUGUGUGUGUGUGGGCUCCGGCCGCCAUCUUUAUCCCGGGCACUUUGGGGCUGCUGUGGAUGUGAUCGGAGUGACGGAUACUACACUUCUGUGGAGAUGAAGGCCGGAUCGGGCUGGGGGGCUCCGGCCUGGAUAUCGGGGGUCCCCCUGCUCCUACUGCUGCUGCUGUGCCUGUGCCCGGGCCAGUGCCUGGGGCCCCUGGGUGGGAAAGUUUGCAGUACCAGCAUGGACAUUCGUAAUGACGUACAGGAGCUUAAGCAAUUAGAAGACUGUGUUGUAAUUGAAGGCUACCUCCAGAUUCUGCUCAUCUCCAAUGCCAAGGCUGAGGAUUUCCGAAACAUGCGGUUCCCCAAGCUCACUGUUAUUACGGACUAUCUUUUGCUUUUCCGUGUUUCUGGCCUUGAAAGCCUGAGUGACCUCUUUCCCAAUCUGACUGUGAUCCGUGGUCGCAAUCUUUUUUAUAACUAUGCCUUGGUCAUUUUUGAGAUGACUGACCUGAAGGAGAUUGGGCUAUAUAGCCUGAGGAACAUUACUCGUGGUGCUAUUCGGAUUGAGAAGAACUCUGACUUGUGUUACCUUUCUACUGUGGAUUGGUCGCUGGUUCUGGAGGCUGUUUACAACAACUAUAUUAUCGGUAAUAAGCCACCAAAGGAGUGUGGUGACAUGUGCCCCGGGGUCAUGGAGGAUAGGCCACUUUGUACAAAAACAACCAUCAACAAUGACUAUAUGUACCGCUGCUGGUCAGCAGAUCACUGCCAGAAAGUGUGCCCCAGCGAGUGCGGGAAGCUAGCGUGCUCGGACCAGAAUGAGUGCUGCCACCCCGAAUGCCUGGGAAGCUGCACCACUCCAAACAACGACAGCGCUUGCGUGGCCUGCCAGCAUUUCUACUACGAGGGCAGAUGUGUCCCAAGCUGCCCUGAGAACACCUACAGCUUUGAGGGAUGGCGCUGUAUCUCCUUGGAAGACUGUGUCAAUGUGCACACCUUGUAUACUGGAACGAACCCCUUUAUUAUACACAAUGGUGAAUGCAUAGACGAAUGCCCAUCUGGGUAUAUUAACAAUGGCAGUGUGUUCUGCAGUCCCUGUGAUGGGCUCUGUCCAAAAAUCUGUGACUUUGAGGAGAAAACCAUUGACUCUGUCACAUCAGCGCAGAUGUUGGAAGGGUGCACCGUGCUGAAAGGAAACCUGCUGCUCAACAUCCGCAAGGGCCAAAAUAUUGCUGCAGAGCUGGAGAAUUUCCUCGGCCUGAUCGAGACUGUGACCGGAUAUGUGAAAAUCCACCACUCCCAUGCACUGGUGUCGCUAUCUUUCCUGAAAAGCCUGCGCUACAUCAAUGGAGAGAACCAGAAGGAUGGGUUUUACUCAUUUUAUGUUCUGGACAACAACAAUCUUCAGCAACUGUGGGACUGGUCCAAGCACAACCUCACCAUCAAACAAGGCAAGAUGUACUUUGCAUUUAACCCCAGGCUAUGUUUAAACGAGAUCUACACUAUGGAAAAUGCAACUGGAACCAUAGGAAGACAGAACCAACUGGAUAUAAAUCGCAGAAAUAAUGGAGAUAUGGCUCCCUGUGCGACCGUCACUCUGAAAUUCAUCACCAACAGCACAAGUAAGAACAGAAUACUCUUGACGUGGGAGCGUUACAAGCCCAAGGAUUAUAGAGACCUCAUCAGCUUCACUGUCUACUAUAAAGAAGCCCCUGUUCCUAAUGUGACUGAAUUUGACGGUCAGGACGCAUGUGGGUCCAACAGUUGGAACAUGGUGGAUGUGGACCUGCCAGAGAAAAAUGAUCAGAACCCAGGCAUUCUUCUGCAGGGCCUGAAGCCCUGGACUUCCUAUGCAAUCUUUGUAAAAGCCCUUACUUUGACCAUGGUGGAGGACCAUCAGAUUCAUGGAGCCAAGAGCAAAAUUGUUUACAUACGUACAGACGCUUCAGUGCCCUCCAUUCCUCUGGAUGUCAUCUCUGCCUCGAAUUCAUCCUUUCAGCUGAUUGUGAGGUGGAAGCCUCCCUCUUUGCCAAAUGGCAACCUCUCCUAUUACAUUGUGCGCUGGCAGCAGCAGCCUCAGGACAGUUACCUGUACCAAGACAACUACUGCUCUAAAGAUAAAGUCCCUAAUCGAAAAUAUGCUAAUGGCACCAUUGACAUGGAUGAAGAAAAUGAGCUAACGAAGCAAGAAUCGGGAGAUGGACCAGAAAAGGGAACUUGCUGCGCUUGUCCUAAAACUGAGGCUGAGAAGAAAGCUGAAAAGGAUGAAGCAGAGUACAGGAAGGUGUUUGAGAACUUCCUGCACAACUCCAUCUUUGUGCCACGGCCUGAUCGCAGACGACGUGACGUGUUCGCUGUUGGCAAUGCAACACUGGCUGACUUGACCAGAAAUGGCACUACACAAGACUUCUUGAACACGUCAGACUCUGAACCGAACGAGAUGGAGUAUCUGUUUUUUGAGACAAAGGUGGACCAUAAAUACCAGAGAACUGUUAUCUCAAACCUGAUGCCAUUUACUCUGUACCGGAUCGAUAUCCACAGCUGUAACCACGAGGCAGAAAGGCUUGGCUGCAGCGCUUCCAACUUUGUGUUUGCCAGAACCAUGCCUGCAGUUGGUGCGGAUAACAUACCUGGAGCGGUCAUCGUUGAGGAAUCCGAUGAUAAUGCCAUUGUCCUGAAGUGGCCUGAGCCCCCUCAUCCCAAUGGACUCAUCCUGAUGUAUGAGAUUGAUUACAAGCAGCAGGGGGAGAUUCUCAGCAGUGAAUGUGUCUCCAGACAAGACUACUAUAAGAUGGGAGGUGCCAAACUUACCAGACUAAACCCAGGCAACUAUACUGUGCAAGUGCGAGCCAUAUCGCUCUCUGGAAAUGGUUCCUGGACGGAGAUGGUGACUUUCUAUGUGAAGGAGAGAGUUGUUGAAAGUGACAAUCUCCUGCACCUGGCUGUGAUUCUACCCGUCACCACAUUGAUUUUGCUUGUGAUCGUCUCUUUGAUCGCCUGCUAUGUUACAAGGAAGAGGUACAAUGAGCGACUAGGCAAUGGAGUGUUAUACGCCUCUGUGAACCCUGAAUACUUCAGUGCAGCGGAGAUGUAUGUGCCCGACGAAUGGGAGGUGCCUCGGGAGAAGAUAACAAUGAACCGCGAGCUGGGACAGGGAUCAUUUGGAAUGGUGUAUGAAGGGAUUGCAAAGGGGGUGGUGAAAGAUGAAGCAGAAACCAGAGUGGCGAUAAAAACUGUGAAUGAGGCCGCCAGCAUGAGGGAAAGGAUUGAGUUCUUAAACGAGGCUUCGGUGAUGAAGGAGUUCAACUGUCACCAUGUGGUACGUUUGUUAGGUGUGGUUUCUCAAGGCCAACCAACCCUUGUCAUCAUGGAAUUAAUGACUCGUGGAGACCUCAAAAGCUAUUUGAGAUCUUUAAGACCAGACGCAGAGAGUAACCCUGGGCAGCCUCCCCCUUCCUUGAAGAAAAUGAUCCAGAUGGCAGGAGAGAUUGCAGAUGGGAUGGCAUAUCUCAAUGCAAAUAAAUUUGUUCACAGAGACCUAGCAGCCAGAAACUGCAUGGUGUCUGAAGAAUUCACAGUCAAAAUCGGAGACUUUGGAAUGACUCGAGACAUAUACGAGACAGAUUAUUAUCGAAAGGGAGGAAAAGGUCUCCUUCCAGUGCGCUGGAUGUCACCAGAAUCUCUCAAAGAUGGUGUCUUCACCACUCACUCUGAUGUCUGGUCAUUUGGUGUGGUCUUAUGGGAGAUAGCUACACUGGCUGAGCAGCCAUACCACGGCAUGUCCAAUGAGCAGGUCCUCCGAUUCGUCAUGGAAGGAGGUCUCUUGGAGAAGCCAGAUAACUGCCCAGAUAUGCUGUUUGAGUUGAUGCGCAUGUGCUGGCAAUACAACCCUAAAAUGAGGCCCUCAUUCCUGGAAAUAAUCAACAGCAUUAAAGACGAGAUUGAUCCAGCGUUCAGAGAGGUGUCGUUUUUUUAUAGUGAGGAGAACAAACCUCCAGAUACAGAGGAGCUGGACCUGGAGGCAGAGAACAUGGAGAGCAUUCCAUUGGAUCCAUCAUGUACCUUGCAGACAUCUGAACAUCUCGUGGGACACAAGGCUGAGAAUGGCCCAGGUGUAGUUGUCUUAAGAGCAAGCUUUGAUGAGCGGCAACCAUAUGCACACAUGAAUGGGGGGCGCAAGAACGAGAGGGCACUACCUCUCCCCCAGUCUUCAGCCUGCUGAUCUAGGUUUGAGGUCUGACAAACAUUGGUAGUAUAGCCCCUUGUGUGUAUCUUAGACUUAACGCGCAGGAGGCUUCCUCCGUAUCCGUGCAAACACUAAUCCACUUUCUCUUAUGGUUGGGCUUCAGUUGGCACUGGUGUACUUGGAGGACAUGGUACAUCAGGCCAGUGCCCCCUCUAACUGUGCGUCACGGUAAGCCUGUAACUGCUCUCACACAACAAAGAUGAAAGCACUUCUUUCCCUUCAAGUUUUGGGCCAGAGCGAAGCAAACGGACUACUUUUUACCUUUGGCCCAAUCUAAGAAAGACUAGUACAAUUCAAGCAUAAAGCAACCCAGAGAUUUAUUUAAUUCUGACAGUCUUUGCCAAAUAGAUUUCUUGUUUUUUAUUUUUUGUUAUAGCAUGGACAGUGUGGAUGUAUAAAGUCCCUUUUCAUAUCACAAACCCAUGCACACUUUACUACAUUUUGUUUUGUCUAAUGGGGAACUUGCUAUCUAAAUUAAGCUUUUUAUUUUAUUAGGUUUUUUUUGUUUUGCGUGUGAUGAGGUGGGAAGUGGAAUAAUCCUGUAAAUAUAUACAUAUAUGUAAAGUAAUGCAUUCUGGAGAAAACUGGCAAAAUGUCACAAAGAAAUGCAGGCAGGGGUUUACAGUAAAGUGGAAAACUGUACGUGUGACGCGAUCGUGGAGGAUCCAGCGAUGAGAUGGGGUAUUUGAUAGACAGCUGUGUAUCCCGGGUUUUAGGUUUAAUUGGAAAUUUGAGGUUCUGUUUGUGUUGGAAAUAUUGUAGAACACGAGACUUUCCUGCAAACCCCUGCCAUCUCCACAUCUCUAAACUUACUUUCUUGCACCUCAUACAUAUAUACGAUUAUUUGGGGUGGAUGGGUGGGAAUGUUUUGUUUCUUGCGACGACUUUAUAGAAGGUCCUUACAGUUCAGUGUGAGGUCAUAGCAUCAUUAACAUACACAUUUUGUGUCCCUUUUAUAAAUUUUUUAUGGUUCAGAUAUUCAUCUAUGUCUGUACAGAAAAAGGCUGCUAUUUUUUCUUUAUCUUUUGUGUAUUUAAUCUAUGAUAGAAAAAAAAAAGUUAAAAAAAUGCACCUUCAGGUCUACUCUUCCAUCUCCUCAUGUUCCUAUCAAGCCGCUUCUCUUUUCACACACACACCCGUAUAUACACACUUUGCUAGAGACAUCCAUUUACUGGGAUGGGAGAUUUUGGACUAUUGCAUUAUUCUGUGCCACUUCAACACAUAAUGCCCCCACCACCUCACAUUGUGCACCUCCCACAUAAGAACUUGUAGUAUUAUCCAUUUGUUUAAUGCCUUUUUUGUGUACUUUUUUAUUUUAUUUUAUUUUUUAUUAGAUGGUUUCCUACAGGUGUUAAACUAAGUGUCUAGGGAAGGGUGGAGGGGUAGAGAAAAGUGUCUUACGAUACAGUGUAUAUCCUUCGUCCUAUGUACUUUUAUCGCCUCACACAGCGACCAUUCUGUGAUAAUGCAAUGCGUCAAAGCAGAAACUCAGGUUAAAAGAAAAAAAAAAUAAUAAUCAUACAGUUUCAUCUUUACUAAAUUCUCUGCCCCUGUAGUCGGUUGUCGGAGUCAGAACAUUUCACUGGCAGCUUGAGACGGGACAGCUUACAUAUUUCCAGAUCUGUCGUCUGUAUGUGUACUUGUGUGGAUUAUUAGAUACAUCUCCAUGCUUCAAGUCUCCACUUGUAUUUUGGGAGCUCCUUUUCAGUGAAAAACCCUUCAGACCCAAGGAUGAACUGUAUCUGAUACACAGACCAAAUUUUUUGAAAUGAAAUUGAUUCCAUGCAGCGUGUCUGUCUUCAAGUGCAGCAGGCCCACCCUGUGGUUCCUGAUUGUAUCUACAGGAACAGCAUAAAACCAAGGCAAUGCAUUAGAAACAAUGGCGGUGUCCUUAGCCGCUCCGUCUUAGCUGUGAUGUAUUAUCCAAUAUAUAUGCACUGGGCUGAAUAUGUUUUAUAGACGUCACUUGCUGAGAGCUUCUGGAUAAUAUCACACAUUACCAAAUCACAACCUUGAAGAACUAUUAUCGUCCCAGUGCACCAAAAAGCAGAAGACUGGGCAGUGAUAUCUUUUCUGCUGCAUUGCACCGUGGCAUGUACAUGCACAUUAACUUCUCCAGUUAUGUUUCAACGUAAAAAUAUCAUCAAUUUAUUUUUUCCAGAAAAAUCAGUACAUGUAGUUUUUGGAAAAAUUUCAUUUAAAAUGAAUUAGAAGCUCCCGUUCAAGAAACCAAGUGCAGUUAUGUAAUGGUAUUUUACUCCAUGGGCUCACGCCUUAUGCAACACAGGUGAGGGAGGAUACAGUCCAACUACUAACCCUUCCAACAUUGCAAGUCUGUUCAUAUAGAGAUCUAUAUAUAGUGCAGGGUAAAUUGAGAAAUGUCUACUUCAAGAAGCAUCAGUGUUUUACAGAGACAACCAUACUCGUGUGCAUUGCUCCUUGCUGCACUUGAAGACUUGACCUUAGUCCACAUUUAGACCAAAUCUUUCAAUGACACAGGAUGCCAAAAAUGUGCUGUACCCAUUGGAAGUAAUCUGAAAGCAGGCCAUACAAGAGAUCUACCAUACUAAUAUUGGUGCACUUAAAGGGGUUCUUUGGAAAUUAGUUUUUCGCCAGAAGAUUCAUACCUGCUUGCUCCCCC